AUGCCUACCCUCAUGCACGCCUUUCAGCUCUCCGCCUCUACAUUUUCCGACAUAAUUACUCGUCUCAAACCCGACCUGCUUAUCUACGACGGGUUCCAGCCCUGGUCGGCAAAGCUCGCGUCGUCUCAAGGAAUCCCUGCGGUCUAUUUUGCUCUAACGGGAUCGACUGCCAUCUCAUUUUUUCAUCAUUUGUAUGUGCACAAGACUUCUGAUACUUUCCCUUAUCCGGCAAUAUACCUGAAUGAGUACGAGAAACGAGACCUGAUCGCUCAGGGGGCGACGAUCAAAGUUCAAGACGUUGAUGAAGGGUUUGCUUUUGGUGUCCUUAAACUGUCUUGCGACAUUGUCUUGAUAAAGAGCUGCUGCACGGGGAUUGAGAGGAAGUACAUUGACUAUCUCUCCACAUUGUGCAAGAGGAGAAUUGUGCCUGUUGGUCCACUUGUUCAAGAAAAUGCAGCUGAUCAUGAGACUGAUUCAUGGAUUUUGAAUUGGCUAAGCAAGAAAAGCAAAUCGUCAACUCUAUACAUCUCAUUUGGCAGUGAAAACUACUUCUCCAAGGACCAAAUUCGAGAGAUAGCAAAAGGGUUAGAGCUGACCAAAGUUAACUUCAUUUGGGUGGUUAGAUCACCUGUCGGAAGUGACCAGAUUAAUGUAGAAGAAGCAUUGCCUGAAGGGUUCAUCGAUCGGGUGAAAGAGAGAGGUGUGUUGGUGCAAGAAUGGGCACCACAAGCUGCAAUCUUGGCAAGUCCAGCGGUGGCUGGAUUCAUGAGCCAUUGCGGUUGGAGUUCCAUAACGGAGAGCGCUGGAUUUGGGGUGGAGGUGGUGAGGGAUGAGAAGGGGAUGUUUGAUGGAGAAGGGGUGGGAACAGCUGUAGAUGAAGUGAUGUUAGGGGAGAGUGGAGAAAGGCUUAGGAAGAGAGUUAGAGAGUUGAGUGAGAAAAUCAAAUUGCAGGAAGAUGAAAGGUGUUCUGGAGUAGUAGAGGAGUUGUCAAGAAUUUGUGUGAAGAAAUCAGCUUGUUCUUGA